GGGGUGAAGGCCAGAGGGGUUGCCUCCAUGUUUGGCCGCCAUUCGGCGAGUAUCUUCUGAGGCUGACUGGGGAUGCAGCAUUGCUGGGGACAUGGAGAUGGGUCAGACCCAGGUCCUGCCUUCCCGGAGUCUCCAGACACUGAGUGUCUGCUGUGUGCCAGGCCGUGUUUCAUGUGACAGGGAUUCUUCCAUGGGAAAGAGCAGGGUUGUGUCCUGGCUGUCCCCUCCCUACUGUGGCCCUGAGCAUUCCUCUGACUCUGAAUACACUCUCUCAGAGCCAGACUCCGAAGAGGAAGAAGAUGAGGAGGAGGAGGAGGAGGAGGCCACUGACGAUCCUGAAUAUGACCCUGGCUACAAGGUGAAGCAACGCCUGGGGGGGGGCCGGGGGGGCCCGUCCCGCCGGGCCCCCCGUGCAGCCCAGCCCCCGGGCCCCCCAGCCCAGCCCUGCCAGCUCUGUGGCCGCUCACCCCUUGGGGAGGCCCCACCAGGCACCCCACCUUGCCGGCUCUGCUGCCCUGCUACAGCCCCCCAGGAAGCUCCAGCCCCUGAAGGCAGGGCCCUCGGGGAGGAAGAGGAGGAGCCGCCUCGGGCUGGGGAGGGUCGACCAGCUGGGAGGGAGGAGGAGGAGGAAGAUGAGGAGGAGGAGGGCACCUAUCACUGUACGGAGUGUGAGGAUUCCUUCGACAACCUCGGGGAGCUGCACGGGCACUUCAUGCUGCAUGCCCGGGGCGAGGUGUAGGCAGAGCCCCCCACCCAGGGAGCUUGGCUAAAGGGGUGGGGUGGGAGGAGGGGGCUGAGGAAAUUGGGGUGGUCGCAAUGGUCAUGUGGGACGGGGUACCGCCGAUCUGUGUCGUCUUAGCAGUAGAUGUGUAAGGCCAGAAUAAAAGCCAAAUUCUGUGUGUGUCA